AUGGACACCGUUUUGAACCGCUUCAACGAAUCAAGAAAAUACUCGAGUCCCGAUUCAAUCACACGUCAAGAGCUGGCCAAUGGACUUAAAGAAAACCCAUUUUGGCUGGAAUAUGAGUCUCGCAAAUACGAUGGUCAAUACUUCCAUAUGUACCAGCACAGAUUGAAAGUGCUGCGAGAAAGAGUCACCAAAAACUGUGACAUCAAAUGGGACUCUCAUUUCAGACUCAACGGCAGAACGGUGGUUAAAAAGAACAAAGUUCUGGAUAUCCAGGCCAACGAGCCAUGUUGGUGUGUCGGGACCAUCUAUUGCGAGCUGAAAUACAAGCCCAAUGUUUUGGAAGAAGUGGUGAACGACGUGUAUGGUGCACCGGAUCUGGUCAAAAGUUACACUGACGCAGAAGGCUCAGACGAGAUCAUGUUGGAAGAUGAGAGUGGGCGUCUGCUACUGGUUGGGGACAUUGUGAAAGCCAAACCGUUUGUGAGUGGUACCGUUCUGGGCAUUUUGGGGAUGGAAGCUGACGCCGGAUCUUUCCAGGUCUUAGACGUAUGUUAUCCGGUUGCGUUACCUCAGCCGGUCUUCCCUAAACAAGUAAAUGCGGGGAAAAUCGCUCUUGUUUCUGGUUUGAACCUUCGUCCCGAUAAUCCGCAAUUGUCUUUAAGGUUGCAAUUGCUUCAAGACUACCUAACCGGUGACUUGGUGAAUGCAGAAGUGGUUUCCAAAAUCAGAAGAUUAAUUAUAAGUGGUAACUCUUUGAAUGCAUCUGAUCCUUCGACACUAGCCGGUUGUCUGAACGACUUUGGAACGUUCAUAGGCAACGUACUGCAAUCACUUCCAAUUGAUCUGAUGCCUGGCGCAUGCGAUCCUAGUGACCAAAGUCUACCUCAACAGCCGCUCCAUAAGGCACUCUUUGAAGGCACAAUAAAACCUCUUUUCCAAACUGUUCAGAAUGAGCUCUUCUCGCCUACCACAAAUCCAGUAUGGCUGGAUUUUGAUGGCGUUUCGUUACUAGGAACAAGCGGGCAAAACAUCGAUGACAUAUGCAAGUAUAUUGUCCCCAAUGGAUCCAGUUCAGAAGCUGAUCGUUACGAGCAAAACGAGAUAGAAACAAGACUCAACAUGAUUGAAGGGUGUUUGAAAUGGCAAAAUAUAGCACCCACGGCACCCGACACGCUUUGGUGUUAUCCCUAUAAAUCGAAUGAUCCAUUUAUUUUGAGCAAACUGCCGCAUGUCUAUUUCAUUGGAAAUCAACCUGUUUUCGCCUCACGGACCGUGAAGCUUGAAGGCGGACACGACGUCAAAAUUAUCACAAUACCUGAGUUUAGUGAGACAGGAGAGAUUGUCAUACUGGACUUGGAAACAUUGGACACAGAAGUAGUGAAAAUCGAUGUGAUAUAG